UAUAAUUAUGUCAGCUGCUCCGACAUUGAACUUUGGCAACGCGUUAAUGGCAGAAAACAAUGACCUAGACAAACACCAACCAUCACAAUGCCCUAUAAAUAUGAAGAAGAGCUACAUGCUCUCUCACUCAUCCCUCAUUUUCUCAGCCUUGCCUGUGUUAUCAAAAUUAAUCAAAAAAUAAUUCACGUGAAAGAACGUAAAAAAUGACAACAGCUGUUAGAAAUUCUUUGUCAUCUGUAGCAAGUAGAGCUGCUGUUUUGGUGAUGCUGCUGGUUUUUAUGAGCAGCGGAAGCCAUGCACAGCUUUCUUCUACAUUUUAUGAAAAUACAUGCCCCAAUGCACUGAGUACCAUUCGCACUGCCAUCAGAACCGCCAUUGCGAGGGAGCGUAGAAUGGCUGCAUCUUUAAUUCGCCUUCAUUUCCAUGAUUGUUUUGUUCAGGGAUGUGAUGCCUCAAUCUUACUAGACGAUGCCCCCUCAAUCACAAGCGAAAAGAAUGCACUGCAAAAUAAAGACUCUGCGAGAGGUUAUGAAGUCAUUGACAAGGCAAAAUCUGAUGUGGAGAAAAUAUGUCCUGGAGUUGUAUCUUGUGCUGACAUUCUCGCAGUUGCAGCCAGGGAUGCAUCAGAAUACGUGGGAGGCCCAUCUUGGACAGUUAAACUCGGGAGAAGAGAUUCUACCACUGCAAGCACAAAUCUGGCUGCCAGUCAACUUCCUCUCUUCACAGCCAGCCUUGAAAGCCUUAUUGAUCUCUUCGGAAGAAAGGGGCUUAGUGCAAGAGACAUGGUUGCUUUGUCAGGUUCUCAUACAAUAGGACAGGCUCAAUGUGUUACAUUCCGGGAUAGGAUAUACAGUAACGGAAGUGACAUCGACGCUGGAUUUGCAAGCACACGCAAGCGCAAUUGUCCAGCUAACUUUCCCAACGGCAAUGGGAAUUUGGCUCCACUUGAUUUGGUGACUCCGAAUUCCUUUGACAACAACUACUUCAAGAACCUGUUGCAAAAGAAAGGUCUUUUGGAGUCAGAUCAAGUGCUUUUCAGCGGUGGAUCCACAGAUAACAUUGUCUCAGAAUACAGCAGGAACCCUUCUAUUUUCAAGUCUGAUUUUGCAACUGCCAUGAUCAAAAUGGGAGAUAUUGAACCUCUAAUAGGUUCAGCAGGGAUAAUAAGGAGGAUUUGCAGCGCUGUCAACUAGUUGAUAUGCAUCUUCAGCUUUGUGUGUUUCCUUUUUUCUCUUGAUUACUUUUAUUCUUUCAAGUGUAAAGUAGUAGCAAUGUUUUUUUCUGUUUAAUUUUUUUGUGUACUUUCGUUAAUGUGAUUCUCUUCAAUCGAAUAAUAAUAACUGUAUUGAAGACGAGAUAUACCUAUAGCUAGAAUUCUAUUUGAUCAGUUGAG